UUUUAUUUUUUAUUUUAUGUUCUUUAUUGUUGUUGAAUAGUACAUUUUGGGCCGUUUUUCACUAAUACAAUUUACCGUCACAUGUACCAGUAGCAGCAGAAUUGGAUUGGACAAGCGGAAAUAAAUUUGGGCUUCUCGUUCUGUCAUAUUUUACUCUUCGCAAAACACUUGAAAGCAUAAUUCGGUGUUCAACGGCGUGCGCUUAGACCGGUCGGCAAUUUUCACCACAAAAAUGCAAUCAUUAGUGAACGUUUUCAACAGCAAAACUUUUAAACUGUGUGCUGCCAGCGGUUUGCUAUUUCUGUCGUCGGAAAUUGUUUACGAGCUGUACCUGUGGUUCCAAAAAUUGCCAAAGCCCAAUCCCCGGCCAUGCGAGGUGUACUUCAUCAACAGACGCAAACUGAUGCAUCCUUUGCCGAGCCCGCAAACACUCCUUUUCGAGCAUAUUCAGCGCAUCAUCAGCUAUAUUGAUCGAGCGGAAAAAUCCAUCUGUCUGGCUAUGUACAUCUUUACCGUGCGGGAGAUCAGUGAAGCGGUCAUACGGGCGAAGAAACGUUCGGUAGUAGUGCGAGUUGUUACGUGUGAAUCAAUGGUUAUGAAUGAAGGUUCCUAUCUGCGUGAUCUGAUCGAUGAAGAUAUAAAGGUACAAUACAAGAUAAAAUCCGAGUACCUUAUGCAUCACAAGUAUUGUCUGCUUGAUACCGAAUGGUAUUGUGCCAAUUGUCUGAUUGCAUACCACAUCGCAGAGUAUGGAGAGCCAUCCAAAUACAUGCAACACACCUUGUUCGACAAAGCCGUCUUAAGCAAUAAGGCUGGUUUGAUUGACCGAUUCGGUACCUCUUGUCCACGGUGCAACCCGAAUCUGCGGGUAAAAAACCAGCAAACCACACAGCGAAAGGGCUACGAUCCACUGCCCAAGCAUGGAAUGCUAAUCGCUGGUUCCAGCAAUUGGACAUCACCCGGUUUGGUUACGCACUGGGACAACAUAACGUAUUGCUCCUUAACCGAUAUGAUAGACCCAUUUACGGCAGAAUUUCAAAGAAUGUGGUACGAAUUGAGUGAUUCCUUGGAUAAAACACUGUUGAAAGAACCACUAUACAGGAACAGAAUCAUAAAAUGAACUCAGCUAGGUGCUUUAAGCACACGUUGGAACGAAAUUGCAUGCCAAGGCGUAUUAAAUUGCCUUCCUGGUGCUUUAAGCACAUGAAAUACUAUAAAAGGCGAAAUAAAACUUAA